CAGGGGGAGCUCUCUUGUCGUGCGAGCUAAGGUAGCUACGAUAUCGCAGCUCACGCACAAUGUGCUCGAAGCAAGGCGCUUUUCCUCGACAAGCGCCAAGGCCAGCCGAGUCCUUUCAUUUGCAACUGGAGAAAACAAGCUGAUCGAUGACACAAGAGCGAACGGAAGAAUCAGGAAGAGAAGCAUGAACUGUUGCGCCGAGAUCGUUAGUUAUAGCAGCCUCGCAGCUUGAGCUUUGACAACUACAGGUGCAAAAGAUGGCGCUUACAAAAGACAAGCGCAACCUGUUUAUGAUUGUGGCCUCAAUCAUGGCCUUCAUCGCUUUGUUCCAGGUCAUGAGCUAUUUCAAAGUCGCCAGUUCCAUGGAGAAAGAAGGGGUGGACCCUCACCGGAAGAUCAAGGUCCUCUCAGAAAGUCAGAGCCAAGCACUCUUACAUCCGGACAAGGGCCGGCAGCACAAGGGCCUUCCUGACAGGAAGAAUGCAAAUCCCAGAGUUUACUUCGACAUCUCAAUAGAUGAGCGCCCAGCCGGCAAGGUGGUCUUUGAACUCUAUGCUGAUCGGGUACCCAAGACCGCUGAGAACUUCCGAGCACUGGCCAGUGGGACGUGGACAACCGCAAGCGGCGAAAAGUUGUCCUACAAGGGGUCGAAGUUCCAUCGAAUCUUUCCAGGUUUCAUUUGUCAAGGAGGCGAUCUAGAUGGUCAAGGAGGGCAGUCUAUAUACGGGCCGACGUUUGACGACGAGCCCAGUGGUCUGAAACUGAAACACGAUCGAAAGGGGCUGCUUUCCAUGGCAAACUCGGGCCCCAACUCGAACGGGUCCCAAUUCUCGAUCCUGAUGGAUGCUGCUCCACAUUUAGAUGGAAAAUUUGUUAUCUUCGGUGAAGUAAUAAGCGGGAUGGAUGUUGUAGAGGAGAUGAACUCGUAUGGUAGACAGGAUGGGGUAGCUGCCGUUUCAAUCGUUGUUACGAGUUGUGGAGAAAUUACAGCUUAAAGCUGAGGAGUCUGCAAGCUGCAUGCUCCUUUUCCAUGAUUGAAACCCUUUUUUCCCUGUCGCUAAUGCAUGAUGUGCACCAAGUAGUAUUCAUUAGAUACGUAUUAGUAUCGAGGGCCCCACCCAGCUGGCGGAGCAUGGG